CUUGGAGUAUGGGAGGGCUGCAGAAAGGGGGGUUCCAGUGCACAAUAUUCAUAACAACUGUGGAAAUUUCAUCUUCUUUUGGAAGGAAAAGUAACCAGCAACCAUGGGGGACAGUGAUAUGGCCACCUAUGGCAAAGCUGCCAUCUACCUUCGUAAGCCUGAGAGGGAGAGAAUGGAGGCCCAAAGCAAACCCUUUGAUGCAAAGAGUGCUUGCUUUGUGGUUGAUAAAGAGGAGUUGUACGUCAAGGGUACAAUUAAAAAGAAGGAAGGUGGCAAAGUCGUUGUUGAAACGCUUGAAACCAAGGAGGAAAAGACAGUGAAGGAAGACGAAGUCUUCCCCUUGAAUCCUCCCAAAUACGACAAAAUUGAGGACAUGGCCAUGAUGACCCACCUCAAUGAAGCCUCUGUCCUGUAUAACCUCAAAGAGCGUUAUGCAGCAUGGAUGAUCUAUACCUACUCUGGACUUUUCUGUGUCACUGUGAACCCCUACAAGUGGCUCCCAGUGUACGACACAGAAGUGGUGAAUGCCUACAGAGGCAAGAAGCGCGUGGAGGCCCCGCCCCACAUCUUCUCUGUCUCUGACAAUGCAUUUCAGUUCAUGCUCCAAGACCGAGAGAAUCAGUCUGUCCUGAUCACUGGAGAAUCUGGUGCUGGCAAGACUGUAAACACCAAACGUGUCAUCCAGUACUUUGCAACAAUUGCAGUGUCUGGUGGGAAGAAGACAGAGGCACCAGCCGGCAGCAGUGGAAAAAUUAAGGGCUCUCUUGAAGACCAGAUUAUUGCCGCAAACCCACUGCUGGAGGCUUAUGGUAAUGCCAAGACUGUGAGGAAUGACAACUCUUCACGUUUCGGAAAAUUCAUCAGAAUUCACUUUGCCACAUCUGGAAAACUGGCUAGCGCUGAUAUUGAGACUUACCUGCUGGAGAAGUCUAGAGUGUCAUUCCAGCUUCCUGAUGAGAGAGGCUACCACAUCUUCUUCCAGAUGAUGACCAACCACAAGCCUGAAAUUAUAGAAAUGUGCCUCAUCACUUCCAACCCUUAUGACUUCCCAAUGUGCAGUCAGGGUCAGAUCGCUGUAGCGAGCAUUGAUGACAAAGAGGAGUUGGAUGCCACAGAUGAUGCCAUUGACAUCCUGGGUUUCACUCCAGAUGAGAAAGUCACCAUUUACAAGCUGACUGGUGCUGUGCUCCAUCAUGGCAACAUGAAAUUCAAGCAGAAGCAGCGUGAGGAGCAGGCUGAGCCUGAUGGCAAUGAGGAUGCUGACAAAAUCUCUUACCUCUUGGGCCUGAACUCCGCUGACAUGCUGAAGGCUUUAUGCUACCCAAGAGUGAAAGUCGGAAAUGAGUAUGUCACCAAGGGUCAGACUGUGGCACAGGUCAAUAACUCAGUUGCGGCCUUAUCCAAGUCCAUCUAUGAGAGGAUGUUCUUGUGGAUGGUCAUCCGUAUAAACGAGAUGUUGGACACUAAACAGCCAAGACAGUUCUAUAUCGGUGUGCUGGAUAUUGCUGGUUUUGAGAUUUUUGAUUACAACAGCAUGGAACAGCUAUGCAUCAACUUCACCAAUGAGAAACUGCAACAGUUCUUCAACCACACCAUGUUCGUUCUGGAGCAAGAGGAAUACAAGAAAGAAGGCAUUGUAUGGGAGUUCAUUGACUUCGGCAUGGACUUAGCUGCUUGCAUUGAGCUCAUUGAGAAGCCUAUGGGAAUCUUUGCCAUCCUUGAAGAGGAGUGCAUGUUCCCCAAGGCUUCUGACACCACUUUUAAGAACAAGCUGUAUGACCAGCAUCUUGGCAAAAAUAAGGCCUUUGAGAAGCCCAAGCCCAAAAAGGGCAAGCCUGAGGCCCACUUCUCCAUGGUGCACUAUGCCGGCACUGUGGACUACAAUGUUACAGGGUGGCUGGACAAGAACAAGGAUCCACUGAACGAUUCUGUUGUGCAGCUGUACCAGAAGUCGGGAGUAAAACUCCUGCCUGUCUUGUACCCACCUGUUGUUGAGGAGACUGGUGGGAAGAAGAAGAAGAAGGGUGGCUCCAUGAUGACUGUGUCAUCACAGUUCAGGGAGAACUUGGGCAAACUGAUGACCAACUUGAGGAGCACCCAUCCUCACUUUGUGCGUUGCCUGAUUCCAAAUGAAAUUAAGAAACCAGGUUAUAUGCAGAACUUCCUCGUCAUCCACCAGCUCAGGUGCAAUGGUGUGCUGGAGGGUAUCAGAAUCUGCAGAAAGGGUUUCCCAAGCAGGAUCCUUUAUGGUGACUUCAAACAAAGAUACAAAGUGCUAAAUGCCAGUGUCAUCCCUGAAGGCCAGUUCAUUGAUAACAAGAAGGCUGCUGAGAAGCUCUUGGGAUCCAUUGAUGUUGAUCACACAUAAUACAUGU